AUGAUAAAUAAUAAAUUUAUAAUAUUAUCAUCAUUUUUAUUUAUAUUAUUUGUAACAGUAUUACAAAGUAAUAUAUUGUUUGUAAAUGCAGAAACCGAUUAUGCAAUUUCACCAGUAUCAUUGCUUUUACCAUAUAGUACAUCAAAAUAUAGAAAGCCAUAUAAAUUAGAGGCAAACAAAGGUUGUUUUGAAUGGAUCAAUACUAAUCCAGAUCUCGUCGAAAUCACCCCACUUUACGAACAAAAAGAUUGUGCACCACCAACCCCAAAUACAAUCGGUGCACCAGAUUUAUCAUGGGAUAUCAACCAAAGUAAUCAAAAAAAAUGCUCAAAAGCAGUUUUAGUUUUAGUUAGAACCAGUACAAGUACCGAGAGAAAUUCAGCUUUUAUUUAUGCUGAAGAGCAAGCCACUGGUAAAAAAUUACAAUGCGAAGUAUUUGUAGAUAAAAUUUCAUCUAUUGUUAUCGAAACCACAACCAAAACAAUGUAUAAAGACGAUUUAGAAGAACUCAAUGUUAGAGCUUAUGACUCAGUUGGAAAUGUAUUUUCAUCAAUUAUUGGUUUAGAGUUUGAAUGGUCAAUCCAAUCGGGUAAUAUUAUUCAAAUUGUACCAUUUAGAGGUUUCCCAUUGGAUGAUGUUGCUUUAAAAAUGGAGCAAGAAGGUUUACAGACUUCAUUUGUUUUAGUUCAAGGUGUUGACACUGGUAGCACUCAAAUUACAACCAAGUUAACUGACAGCAACUUUGCCCAAAUCUCUCAUUCCACUACAAUUUCAAUUUUAGAGCCACUCCAAUUAAACCCAAGUUAUUUACUUUACGUUAUUCCAGGUACUCAAAUUCAAUAUCAAUUAUUAACCAAAAAAAGAACUGUUUUAGAAAAUAUUCCAUUGCCAAAUCCAAAUUAUAUUUGGUCAUCAAGUAAUCCAAAAGUUGGUAAUAUUGAUAAUUCAGGUAAUUUCAUGGCAUUGGAUUUAGGUCGUACCGAUUUAAAAGUUCAACAUAAAAAAAUGAUGGAAAAUAAAGUUCAAGCAUUUGUUAAUGUUGUCCACCCAUCCUAUUUAGCAAUCAAAAUCGAACCAAUUAAAUCAUCUAUUGGACCAAUUUCAAAUUGGAAUCUUAUUGAAAAGAGAGAUUAUAUUUUGGUUGUUGAAUUAUACGAUGCAUCAGGUCAUAAAAUUCAUAGUUCCGAUAUUACUUUUGAUCUUGUUAUUCCAUCAGAAUACUUUGAACCAUUACCAACAAGUGUUAUUCCAGCAGGUCCAAAAAGAAGUGAUACUUAUUACCUUAAAGCAAUUAAACAAGGUUCAGUUCAAUUAAAAGCUUCAUUACUUAAAGUUUAUGAUAUUAAUUUAAAGAAAUAUUCACCAUUAUUAAACCCAAUUACUGUCGAACAAAUGGUUACCAUUCAUUCACAAAUUACUUUAAAUCCUCCAAUUGUUUAUUUACCAUAUUUACCAAAUAAUAAACAAACAUACACUAUAAGACCAUCAGGUGGUUCAGGUGAAUAUCAUUGGUAUAGUAAUAAUACAGCUAUUGUAACUGUCGAUACAAAUGGUGGUAUUAUUAGUCAAACUACAUCAGGUCAAACUGAGGUAAUUGUUGUAGAUAAAAAGAAUCCACAUAAUAGAGAUCAAGCUGUUGUAAUUAUUCAAGAACCAGACCAAAUUGUUUUCUCACCAUCUCAAGUAGAGGUCGAAGUUGGUAAAAAAUUAUCACUCUCAACUAAAUUAUUAUCAAAGCAUUUACCAAAAGGAAUUCAUUUCGAUUCUUGUUCAAUUAAUAAUUUAGAAUGGAAAGUUGAAGAUGAUAAAUCAUUCCAAAUUUUACCACAGGAUAACGUUGACCAACAAAAGAAAUCAAGUGACUUAUGUUCAACUCGUGAAUUUUUAGCUCUUAAAGAAGGUUCAACUGUUAUUUCAGUUCAAUAUAAAGGAAUGAAAGAAGAUAUUCGUAUUUUCGCUUAUCCACCAUUAAAGAGUGAUCAUAAUGAAGUUUUAUUAAGUUUGGGUUCAUCAGACGAUGUUUAUUUCAGUGGUGGUCCAGAACCAUGGUAUUUAGAACCAAAAACUCACUUCCAAACUAUUUUACCAGACAAUACCAAUGAGCAAAACUCACUUUCAAUCACUCCAGGUAAUGGCAAUUCAUUUAAAGUCACUUGUCUCAAACAUUCAAAUGCUCCACAAAAUAUUAUUGUUACUGUUGGUAAUAAAAAGAGUGCUAGCAACCCAUUCCCAGCCGCCCCAUCAAUUAACAUUCCAUAUUAUUGCCGUCAACCAUCAUCUAUUCAAAUCCAAGUUGUAAACUUACCAACUGAAGAAGAAAGCAAACAAAUUGAACAAUCAUCUGCUCCAUCAUGUCAAGAUACCAUUUUCUCAAUUAAAAAACAAAAACCAGGAGAAAUCGGUACUUAUAAGAUUCGUAAUAACCGUGAUAUACCAUUUAUUGCUACAGUAUACGACGAAAAUGGUAAACAAUUCACCAACUAUAGUUCAUUGGUUUUCGAUUGGACCUCAUCAGAUUCUACCCAAGCCAAAUGGUUAGAUGAUUUCAAUACCAAAGAUCAUCUUUCAACUCUUUCACUUUCAAAAGAACAAGGUAAAGCUAUUAUUUCAGUUGCAGUCAGUGGUUACAAUCAAGAACUUUUAAGAUCACUCAAAAUCUACUCACCACCAUCUUUAGAUUCAAAGAAAUUGGUAUCUUCACUUGAACUCCACCUCCUUUCUAGUGUUACUUUAUUCCCAGAUCGUUAUACAAUGUAUCUCAAUGAAAAGAAUCAUCUUAAAAUUGAAGCUAUUGGUGGAAGUAAAAACUUUGCAUUCUCAUCAAAUACCAGCAAAAUUGCAUCACUUUCAUAUCAACCAAAUUCAGAUUUUGUUAAUAUUAUUCCACUUCAACAAGGUUAUAUAAAAGUUGAAGUUAGAGAUAUUUGUUUAGGUAGUGAUAUUAGCUCUUCACAACAAUCAUCACCAGCCAUCGUUCAAGUUAGUGAAGCUCAUUCAAUUGAUUUAGAUGUCCAAGAUAUGGUUCAAGUUGGUGAUUCAAUUAAUUUAAUCGUUAAAGCUUUUGCUCAAGAUGGUCAUAGUUUUGAAAGCUCUCAAUAUCAAUAUAUGAAAAUUUUACCAAAUAUCGAUAAUCCAAAUGUUUUAUCAAUUAGCCAAUCAUCAAGCAAUAACCAAGUAUUUACCCUUAAAGGUUUAGAUCAAGGUUUAGUUACUCUCACUGUUAUUAUUACCAAUCCAAAGACAGGCUUUAGUGCAACUUCAAAAACUGUUCAAAUUCAAGUUUUCCCACCAUUCCGUGUUUCACCAAAUAUUCUUCAUUUAGUUCCAGGUGGUCUCUUCCAAAUUCAUUGGACUGGCGGUGCACCAAUUCGUCAAGAUGUUUCAUUUAAGUCAUCAAAUCCAUCAAUUGUUUCCCUUAACCAAGAUGUUUCAGGUGAAUUACUUGCCUCUAAAGUUGGUGAAGCCACCAUCACUGCUACUGCUAUGAUUGUAGACCCAAUCACUGGUAAAAAAUCAAUUAUUGGCGAAGAUAAGCUUGUUGUUUAUGUUAAAAAUAUGACCGGUAUCCGUAUUCACAGCAGUAUCAAUAAGAUUUUGGUUGGUAAUGAAGCUAAACUUCGUGUUGUUGGUGCCAAUGGUGAAACUCCAUUCACAUAUGGAACUGUUGACUUAUUCUUUAAAUGGGAAUGUCUCGAUAAUAAUAUUGCUACCCUUCUUCCAAUUUAUGAACGUGCCAAUACAACAGUCGAAUCCGAAGGUUCUUUCAGUGUCCGUGUUUUGGGUAAAAAUCCAGGUUCCACUUCAAUCAAUGUUUGGGCUUAUAGUGGUUCAGACAAGACCAAACAUCUUUUCCAAACUGUAUCACUCCAAAUUAAUAUUAUUGCCGAUAUUCCAAUCCAAACUACAUCUCUUCUUUUGCCACUCAACACUGCUUCAUCAUUUAUUAUCAAUAACCACCUUGAUAAGAGUGGUAUCGAAUUUUUCCCAUUAAUGGAUGGUCAUGGUCAUUCAUCAUGCAAAGAUGUUAUUGAUAUUAGCGAUAAUAAGAUUGUUUCUCUCGACAAGAUUGGUACCUGUUAUGUUUCAUCCGUUAGAGAUGGUCGUAUUGAUACAUCGAAAUUAAUCAAAGUAAACUCAAAACCAUUCUCCCAUCUUGAAAUUCUCCCAAUUAACCCAACCAGCACCAUUAUCCCAGUUGGUGGUUCCAUGUCAUUCGCAGUUUAUUUACGUGAUGAUAUUGGUGAAAUUUUCACCGAGUAUGGAGCUUCUGCAGUUUUCAGUACCGAGGUUAGUAACACUGGUGUCAUUAGUUCAUCAAUUGAUUCAAAUACUACCGCUUCAAUUGUUACUGUUAAGGGUAUUCGUGCAGGUGUUGUUACUCUUCAUGUUUAUGUUAAAGAUAUGCCACAUUUAGAUGAUUAUAUCAAAAUUUUUGUUGGUCGUCUUAUUGAACCACAUUCACCAAUCCUCCAUAUUGGUUCAACUAUUCAAUUCUCAAUUUCAAAGGAUCAACUUUCUCAAAGAGGUUUCUCUCUUCCAGCUCCUGAUGAAAAGGUUUGGGUAUCAAGCAAUCCAUCAAUCAUUUCAAUUGAUCCAGUAACUGGCAAGGCUACUGCUCAUUCUGCUGGUGUUACUACAGUUAACUAUAUUAGAAACCCAUCAUCACAAACUCAAAUAACUGUUUCUAAAGUUGGUCAUAUUAAGGUCGAUUUUGCUAAUCAAGUUAUCAAUAAUCCAAACGAAAAAUAUCAAUACAAUUUGAAAUUCUUUACUGAAAACGAUAACGAAUUUUCAGAUUUAUCAUCAACCAAUCAAAAUAUUAAAGGUAUUUGUAGUAUUCAAGAAUCAUCAUUUGCAAAUGCUUAUUUCGAAAAGAUUAUUUUAACUAAUGGUAAAGAGCAAUAUAUGUGUGUAGUUCAACCAACUGGUAAACCAACCUCCACUACAGAUAAAGUUACACUUUUUGUUCAAGUUUCAAACUCUGACAAGACUUAUCACUUUGAAACUACAAUUAAUCUACCAUUCGAAUCAACUUAUUCUAUUCUCAAUAUUAAAGGUAAUAGCAUUCAACUCUCUGGUAGACAAAGUCAAUUCAUUCUAAACGUUCAAUCAUCAAACCCAAUUUUUGUAGAAUCAUCAGAUAACACUUUAUUAUCAGUUCAACAAUUAUCAUCAACUGGCAUCACCAGUGAACAAGGCAUUUACAAAUAUGUUGUACAACCAAUGAAUCCAUCGGUUAGUUUUUCAUCAGUUCCAUUAUAUAUUAGCAGUGCUGGUGGUAAACAUAAGAAUACUAUCAAUGUUAACUAUGCCAAGGGUAGUGGUGCAUCAACUCCAAACUAUAAUGAAAGCUAUAUAGAAUCAUCAAAUGCUAUAGCCAAUCAUCCAUAUAUCGUUACAGGUGCUAUCAUUUUUGCUACCUUUGCCAUUGGUCUUUAUGCAUCAAAGAGACAUAAUGAUAAACCAAGAAUUUACAUCUCAAAUACAAAUCCAUCACAACCAUCAACCUCAUCUGUAACCUCACCAUUCAGAUCUCCACCACCACACUCUUUCGCAUCACCAAAUAGAUCACAAUAUGGUUCAAAUAGUAUUUAUUUACAAAGCAAUUAA